AUCCACAAUGGUAUCGCGAUCUUGAAGCGACGUGAUCACAUAGCGCCUCGAUGGCGGACGAAGAUCGGCGCUUCCGCCGUCUAGCAGCGCAACUGGGCGUCUCCAGACACGUGCUAGGACCGGAAAACGCAGCGGAUGCCACUGGGACCUUGUCAACCCGCGUUGAAAGGACUGUGCACGAGGCAGCAGACGAUGAGCAUCAGGUGGACGAGGAGAUAGACGUCGAGGGGCCACACGACGAAGACGAAGAAGAAGGGGAGGAAGACGUUGGAGAGAUCUCGCUAACUCUUCCAUCCGACUCGGCCAGUGAGGGGCUGUCCAGCGACCUAUCGCUUCCGCAUUCGUUCGGCCACUACGACCAGCUAUCCACUGGCCGCGGCAUCUCGCGCUUUGAUGACCAUUUGACCGCGUUAUCACCUGGCCAAUUGCCUUCUGGUAGAACCAACAGGUUGCAGCAAACUUUACCGCAAGUAGUUGCUAUGGGGACCAACAACGCAACGUCAGAGGUUGUGAUGAAGCAGUUCUAUGAGAUCCAGGUCGGCAAGAUUAGGACGCAGUUGGUGCUGAGUGUACAAGCGCAGAAGGAGCUGGAGAAGACGUUGCAACAAGAACGAGCUGCGUGGCAGGAGAAAGAAGCGGAGAUGGAGCAAAAAUCUGAUGAGGAACUUGAUCGGCUUGAGAAGGCAUUAAAACAAGCUCACGCUGACCUACAGGCUGCACAAACGCGACUUAGGAUGGAGAAAAUGCAUUUCGCUACACUCCAGAUCUCAGACGCUCUCGCUGAGCAGCUUUCUAGACAGGACGAGGAGGAUCUGUCCAUCCGCGAGUAUAUUCAAUUGUCCAUUCAUUCCAAGGUGCGAAAGCUCGAAUCGGAGCUAGAACGCUGUCGACAGGAGGUGGAAACUUUGGAAAAGAUCAGCAGCGCAGAUAAAGCCGCCGCGGCUGGUGCCUCAGAUGAGAUUGCACAAGUGCAACGCAUCGCUGAGGCAAAGGAGAGGCGACUACAACAUGAACUAGAGCUAUCCGAGGCAACCCGACAGGAACUGGAGAACCAGAUCAAAGCUUUGGUCGACCAAGUUGACGGAAUGAAGGAGGAACAGCGACGCAACGAGGAGAUUUACAGCGACCAAAGAGGUCUAAAGAAGGAGUCUGACCGUCUGAAGAGAGACUUGCAGGUUCUGCAGAGUGAGCAUGACGAUCUCAAGGCGCGGUUCGAUGAAGCCUCAGCUACAAGCAGCGAUUCACACCAGAAGAUCGCGCUUUUGACAGCAGAUAAAGCGUUUCUACAGGAUGCGAAGACGCAACUGGAAGAUCAAGUUGCAAAUAUGCGAGUAUCACAGCAGGAAAUGCAAGGGAAGAUUAAUUCACUGCAGGAGAAACAUGAUGACAACCUCAGCCAGAGCGCACAGCUACAGAACGAGACGCGACUGCAUUUCGAAAAGAAAUUAGACGAUGAAAUGGCCAAAUUCAUGGAGCUAUCGAAACGGGAGAUCGAGCGGAUCCGCAACGACGGCCAGGUGGUGUACGAGCGAGAGAAUCGAUUGUUGAAAGAAGCGCGUGACGAUGCUCUGAAGCACGUCGAGGUGCUGCAAGUGCGUUUAGAUAGCGUGCAAUCUGCGCUGGAUGAAAAGGUCCUGGAGGCGACUCGGAUGGAGAGUACGCAUACAACAGCACUGGCUACUGCGCGUAACGAGCUCAAGAUGAGGCAUUUUGAGAUAAGCCAGCUUAAGUUGACGCUGGAAGAGAAGGCUAGAGAUGCUCGAAAUGCCAGACUGGAGAUCGAAAUGCUCACUCAGAAAGUGGAAGCGCUUAAAGAAGAAUUCGCAAGACUGGAGACAACUUCGACUACACGUAUCACCCAACUAGAAGCUGCAUUGGAAGUGGAGCGCAAUAAGCUGAAGGAGUACGAAUUACUAGAAAUCGACUUGGACGGUGCCGUGAUCCAAACUGGAGAGAUUGCUGUUGGAGACAAAGGAAACCAGGCAGAUGGGAGUGUAAAGGUGCAAGAGGUCAUGACCACGUUUGGUGCGAUCCCGACAACGACAAAAAGACGGUUUCAGCAGAGUGUGCUGCUUGCCCAGAAAGUUGUCAAGUCUCAACGAGAAACGAUUGCGCUCGAACAAAAGCUGAACGAAGUGACUAGCGACCGGACGAGACUUCAGCAUGAAGUCACCGGACUGAAGACUAAACUAGCGAGUUUCCAGCAACCUCAGUCGUAUCUGGUAGAUUACAAGAGCUUCUAGGUGUUUGUACUGUACUAAGAAAUGAUUUUGUCAUUGCAGAUCGACAAGUUGACACGACGAGAGGAAGAGCUUCAAAGAGCAGUGCGGAGGUAUCAGGAAGCCCAGUCGCAGCUGCAGCAGCUGAGAGCGCAGUACCAACACGCUCAAGAUGCGAACGCGUCGCUGCAGCAGCAGCUCCAGCAACUGCUGACACGUCGUGGGGAUCUUGAUGCGCUCAAGGCCACAGUUCAACUACUGCAAGGCAAAAUCCAAGCUCCCAAUAACAAACACAAGGAGCUCCGACAUGGAAAUGUUAAGGUCCAGGUGGCACAAGACCAUGGCUUCACGAGGCCAUCACAUGCUGCCGGGACUGUUGAUGCGGCGCCAUCCUCACCAAUUGCCGCGACGACUGGGAAGGUCUCCCCACCGCCGUCUAUAGCCUCAAAAAUGACCCAACCUCCAACUCCACAGCGCCAAAAAGAUGGCUUGAGCUCCGUCCGAGUUGCGUCUGAAGUUUCCAGCUCCUUGUCAAGCAUCUCGAGCACCCCCAGGUGGUACACGAAGCUUCGAGAUACAAACCGAUGACGACGGCCACAUCCGCAUCACAGGAGAAAUAUUCAACUUGGUUUAUAUCCGAAAAUAUCAUAAGAAUCGAUUCCAACCGGUUUCAGAUUUUUAUUUCGAACGUCAAUAAAAAUUAAUAGAAAUGUUAUAUAAUGAUUAU